UUCAGUGUCCAGACAAAUUUACCUAUUCUCGUCUGUUUGCAAUUCAGUUAUAGUUACACAGCGUGAUCUCGGCGAUCUACCAUGUGUAUGAUGGGUAUGGUUCAAAAUUCAACCUGGUGAAUCUGGCGGAGUUGUUGCUGGUUAACAGCGGCUUGUUUCUGCGUCCUAUAUUUUACUCUCCCUCGUUCCCUCGUUGCGGAAGUUCGGGCACCUUCGCUUUGACACAGAAGCGUGGCGUGGUGGCGUACGCCCUAUGCACACUGUCUGACGAGCUUUUGUUGUUUCUUUUACAAAGGUGGCCUUCCUGCGUGGCCCCAUCCAGGUGUGCAUCGGUAUACCCAGCGUUGGUAGCUGAGUCCGGGCCGAGGCUGUGUGAUGAGUGAAUUUGAGUGUACACCCGUUGAAGUCUGCCGCGAGAAACAUAAUGGCGAAGAGUGGCACAACGUUACCGUCCGGAAAGCGAAAGAUGGAAAUAAAGUAAAACUAAUAUAUAAAGAGGUGGGCGAUGUUGGAAAAGGAACAUUCGGAACCGUCAGGAAAAUCGUGACCCAAGACGGGCAGACGUACGCACUCAAGCGGCUGGAACAUGACCCAAGAUUCAAAAAUCGAGAAGUUGCGAUAAUGCGAGAGUUGGACCACACUAAUUGUUGCCGUCUAUUUUAUUACUACUCGGAAAAAACGGAGGCCGGAAAACCAGAAAUGAGUAUUAAUCUCGUUAUGGAAUAUGUGUCCGAUACACUCUCUGCAAUCGUAAGCCGAAGUCGGAAGCAGAGCGAAGACAUCAAUCACUUCUUGAUUCAGCUCUAUCUUUAUCAGCUACUUCGGGGCACGGCCUAUAUGCACUCCAAAAAAAUUGCCCACAGGGACAUCAAGCCCCAAAACAUUCUUAUUGAAAACAAGACAGCGUUGUUGAAGAUCUGCGACUUCGGUUCCGCAAAGCGGCUCACUGAGGGCGAGCCCAAUGUAGCAUAUAUUUGCUCGAGAUUCUAUCGUGCGCCUGAAUUGAUUCUCGGUAAUACCCACUAUGACGUUUCCGUUGAUACCUGGGCAAUUGGCUGUGUCUUUGCUGAAAUGUUUCUACUAAAGCCGAUAUUUGUCGGUGACUCAAGCAUCGAUCAGUUGACGGAGAUCAUCCGUGUUCUCGGUACGCCUACACCUGAACAAAUGGACAAGCUACAUCCGAAAUUUCCAAAAACAUUGAAAAAACGAGAUCCGGUGCCCCUUAUUAAAGCAUUAAAGAAUAAGCCUUCAACAAAGGCCAUUCGCCUGCUUACCAAAAUGUUGCAGUACAUGCCGGACACGCGAAUCCGUUGUUGGGAAGCUCUGGCUGAACCAUUUUUCGACGAUCUGCGGCGGUCAAGCGCACGGCUGCCUGACAACAAACCAUUGCCACCGCUGUUCGACUUCACCAGCCGCGAGCUCGAACAGAACCCCGUCCUCAAUCAGCUUCUCAUUCCAAGCGAGACGACGGAGAGCUCUCAGCAGGAACCCUUCCAUGUGUACACUGCAAGCGAUUGUUUGAAAUUUGGCCCAGUUUGGAUACCACAAGUUCCUAUCCCGAGUCAGUUUAUACCAGGUUUAGCUUCCGGUGAGAGCCCGGCCGAAGACAGCCCUGGAAAGCACGCUGCCAAAAUUAGUCCGAAAAGAGAGGUCACUGAAGUCACUAGCUUAAAAGUAGGAGCUGUUGGAAUCCACUCGAGGCAGAUCACUACGGGAAUCGAUUCGGGUCGCGCCGCUAUUGAGCUUAGCUCAGUGCGGGAUUCCAGCGAACUCAAUUUAAUACCAUCUUUUCCUAGAGACAUUUCGGACUUAAGUACGAGUAGAACCCAUUUUGAUCAGCGUUGGCUCGCGGAUGCGUCGGACCCAACCACAGCUAAAACCUGCCCAGGUCUGCCCCCUUCUAUUGAUGCAUCAGAACAGAAUACAACGAGAACGUUAUUAGAACGCCUGGGCUUCGAUUCUUCCGACCCAACCACAGCUAGAACCUUUCGAGGGACCGCUUUUGGCGUAGAUGCUUCAGAACAAAGUACCAGUUUAACUCGCAUAGAUUUGCCAAUCGGUUCUUCGUUGGAGGCUCCUAUUCAAAGGAUGCCGCCUUCAAUGAGUACGUCAGAGGAAAACACCAGUUUAACGGUUAUAGACGAUCCGUCGACUAAGGCUCUUACGAAAGAACACGCAAGUCAACCCUCUGUGGAAAGCAGCCCAGCCCAGUUUGACGAAAAACAUCCCUCUUCCGACCCGAGCACCGAUGGUGUUAGUCACGUCUGCACAGAGCAUUGUUAUGCUAAUUCGACAAUCGGUGCUGCGAAUCCUGACAGUCCAGAAGCAGAGAACCGGUGUCUAAUCCGCAAGGAGCGUUGGGCGAAGCGAUUAACGUCAAAAAUUACCGACUUCUGUUUCGUGUCAAUCAAAAAUAAGCAGCCUCACGAACUUGUCAGACUGCAACAGGAAACACCUCAGCUAAAACGUGCCCACGUGAAAGGAGUACCAGUAACGGGAUUGGACUAUGAGUACAUCUGCGAGGAAGAACGAAAAUUCGUCAUGGAACUUCCCAACAUAGCCGAAAAGGUGGGAAUGUCUCGCGAAGGCGUCCUGGCUCUGGGCAAGCUGAUUUGGAAGCACAAGCCGAUUCUUCCUGAACCCGCCGAGGGAGUGAUUUUCGACGCUGACAUGAUCGACCGUGAGCGUGCAAGGACCAACGCCAAGAUUAAGAAGGAUGCAUCAGAAGUUAUGAGCGCGGACGAUGUGGCAAAAUUGGACAAGAUCUUUGCUUUAGCUCAGCGGGAACGAAAUAGUUGUCAGCCAGGAUCUGGAGAAAAACACGCCUCUUAGUUCUCGAUUGUCAGAACCCCGGUAUUAUGUUUUACCCACAUGCUCUAGCCGUCGAUGCACGCAUGGGCCAAAAAAAAACAAGGCCAUGACGAAAGAAAAGUCGACUUUGGUGAUCAAUCUACCGCGAAGAUAUUACAAUAAAUAUUACGUACGAUAAUUAUA